CCGUUCUCGGUUUUUUUCAGUAGCGCUUCUCCAGUCGCUCUGUGCAGUUCGCGACCCCUUUGAGAUCCGCUAGAUAUACAAAACAGAACCAAACUGCGCACAAAACAAUUCAUAUAACAUCUGUAUAAUAUAUAGCGUCGGGUUUCGUUUCGUUUUCGUGCGCCUCAGAAGAUUCCACGGAGAGUUCGCUUUGCGCCUUUGCUGAGAGGGUCAAUUGACCUGAUUUCGGGUUGAAUUUUAAUUUGAUUUUCGCGCCGACACGGAAACGGGAUUAUUAUGCAAGACGACGCCGUGCCAGAGUGACCGAGUGCAAGUGCAUCCAUCCCCUUUACCCCUUUCGAAACUAAAACAUUGCAAUGCCCGCGAUUUGUAGCAGAACACUUUGGUUUGCCGCCACAGCAGCCGCUCUUCUGGUGCUCUUAAUGGGCGCAUCCUGUGCCAGCGGCGCCCGCGAUCAUCGGCGGCAGACCAACCUGGAGGCCAAAGUUGGCUCCCAUGUGGUCUUCAAUUGCUACAUUGACUUUCCGUUCGACUCUCCCAUUCCGUACUUGGUGCACUGGAGCAAGGAUAACAAAAAGAUCUUCACUUGGUACGAGCAGGAGACCUCCACCAAUGAGCUUUUUAAUGGACGCCUCCAUUUGGUCGAGAAUCAUCCGGAAUUCGGCCGAGCCUCUGUCAACCUGACUGCCAUCCGGGAAUCGGAUCAGGGCUGGUACCACUGCCAGGUGAUCUUUCCCAAUCGCUCUCCCUCGGUCCGCAACAAUGGCACCCGCUAUCACCUGGCCGUCCAGGGUGGUUCCCUUAUCCGCAUUCCACCAGUUAAUCAGACCAUUCAGGAGGGACAGACGGCCUUCUUUCAUUGCGUCAUGAAGUAUCCAGAUAACUCGCAAGCCUCCUGGUACAAGGACGGUGUACUGCUUCAGGAGGUUCAGGAUCUAGUGCGUCGCUCCUACAUGGGUCCCGACGGUAGUCUGAGCAUUGAUCCCACCAUGAUGAGCGAUCUGGGCGAGUACGAGUGCAAGGUGCGAAACAGCGAGGGCGAACUGCAGACAGCCAAGGCCUUUCUCAAUAUACAAUAUAAGGCCAAGGUAAUUUAUGCCCCGCCGGAGGUCUACCUGCCAUACGGCCAACCCGCCGUUCUCGACUGCCAUUUCCGUGCGAAUCCACCGCUAAAGAACCUGCGCUGGGAGAAGGACGGCCUCCUCUUCGACUCGUACAAUGUGCCGGGAGUUUUCUACAAGAUGAACGGCAGCCUAUUUUUCGCCAAGGUGGAUGAAAAUCAUGCCGGUAGCUAUACGUGUACGCCCUACAACGACCUCGGCACGGAUGGACCGUCGCCGGUCAUCAGCGUGAUUGUGCUCCGUCCGCCCAUCUUUAGUGUCACGCCCAAGGCCAUCUACAUCCAGAAGCUGGGCGAGGCCGCUGAGCUGCCCUGCGAAGCCAUCGACCGGGACGGAAACAAUCGGCCCUCCAUUGUCUGGAGCCGGAAGGACGGCCAGCCACUGCCGGCGGACAGGUUCAGUCUCAGCGGCGGCAACCUGACCAUCACGGGCCUGGUGGAGUCGGAUCGCGGCAUGUACGAAUGCUCGGCCACCAAUGAGGCUGCCACCAUUACGGCGGAGGCCGAGCUCAUGAUAGAGAACAUAGCCCCCCGGCCACCGUACAAUCUCACGGCGAAUAGCACAGAGACCUGCAUAACCAUACGCUGGCAGCCAGGCUACCUUCGACCCAACCUGGAGUACACUGUCUGGUACCGCCUCACAGAGGCUCCCGAGUGGCGAACCCUGCGCGUCUUGGACAAAAAGGUAAUGGAGGCCACCGUGCAGCAUUUAGUGCCUGGUAAGGAGUACGAGUUUAUGGUUCUCAGUCAGGACAAGUACGGCGAUGGCAUGUUCAGCAAGCAGUUCCGCUUCCAGACACAGGCCUCACCCAUCAGAGCUGAUGACUUCGAUGCCCAGCAGCUGCAGCACGAUGACCUCGGCCAGAUGCCAACCUCUGCCACUGCCGGGGGCCUGGGUGCGCCCGGGAACCUAACUGCCGUUAGCAAUCAGCUGGGCUGGCUCCUCCACUGGGAGCAUCCUACGCAGGGACUCGAAGGUCUGCGACUGUACGCCGUGCGCUGGUGGAAGGAGCCGGAACACUUCCUCAUCGGCCAUGCCGAGACCUUCGACAACUUCUACCAGCUGCGGCACCUCAAGGAGGACACCACCUUCAAGGUGCAGGUGUUGGCAGUGGGUACCAAUACACACCUGUCGGUGCCUAGCCACGAGCUCCUCAUCGAUGUCCCCUCGCAGCGCAAAGUGCGAGCCCUGAUCAUCGGCAGCUCCGUGGGCGUGAUCUUUCUGCUCUGCGCUUUGUGCGCUUUUUUAUACGUGAAGCGGAGCUGCCUGCGGCAUCUGUUCGCCCGGGAUAGCUCCGCGGGGGAGGGCGACGAGGAUACGGCGGAGAGCGGUGACUGCGACAGCGAUGAGCAGGACAGCGUCAAGAUCCGUCAGUCAUCCUGAGGCUUGCUCCAGAUCCGCUGGCGCUUCGACCAGGCCAGUGGCCAGUGAGGUGAGCACCAGUGGAGGAGGUUGUUCAACGUGCACCAAGUCACCGUUUGUGUGUGAAACUGACUUUAAAUAUACGUGUCUAGCUGCUAUCUGUACCAUAAACUCCACUAACUGUAAAGCUGAACUAACCCAAUUCGAGAACUAAUUAAAUUAAACAUCAGAAGA